AUGACUGCUCUCAGAGUUCCUCCCACCAGCCGCCGCAUCGUGAAUGCCUCACGAGCUGCCUCGAGAACAUCAACUGCGCCAGCGACUGCCGCAUCAGCCUCCCACCAUGUCGCCCGUAGAUAUGCCUCCACGGCCAGGAGGCCGCGGACGGCACUGUUCUUCCCAGGCCAAGGCGUUCAGAAGGUCGGCAUGAUGACCCCUUGGGUUGAGGCCUUCCCUGCGACCGCGAAACCCAUUGUCGAGGAGAUUGACCACUGCCUCGGCUACAAGCUCUCCGACGUCAUCCGCGACGGGCCUGGCAAGACCCUGACCAAGACAUCCAACGCCCAACCCGCCAUCAUGGCCACCUCUAUCCUCAUCCUGCGCAUUCUCGAGCGCGAGUUCGGCUUCGAUACCCCUGCCCGCAUAGACGUCACCCUCGGCCACUCCCUCGGCGAGUUUGCCGCCCUCGUCGCCGGCGGCUACAUCACCUUUGACGACAGUCUCUCUCUGGUGCGUGCCCGCGCCCGCGCCAUGGAGGAUGCGACGCGCGCUGCCAUUGAACAGCACGGCGGCGAAUACGGCAUGGUCGCCGUCAUCACCGAGCCCGAGUACCUCGACAGCCUCGUCGCCGCCGUCGACCGCUUCGUGCGCCCCGGCGGAUCCCAGGGCAGCAAAGCCGAGUCCAACUACGACCUGCCGCCCUUCCAGCAGGUUUCCAUUGCCAAUGUCAAUUCCAAAAAUCAAAUCGUCCUCAGCGGUGACGUCGCCCGCAUCAAGACCCUUGUCACUCACCUGCGGCAGUUCCUCGGUCACGACGCCCGCGACGUCCGUCUGAACAGCGACAGCCCCUUUCACAGCCCCAUCAUGAGGCCUGCGGUCGCCACCAUGCGCCGCCUGCUGUCCGGCAAGAGUCGGGUGCCCGGGCGUGAGGGCGACGACAUUGUCACCUUUCCUGGCCGGCUGCCGUGCGUGAGCAAUGUCAGCGCGAGGCCGUUUGAGAGCAAGGCCGAGCUGCAGGAUCUCCUGUCGAGGCAGUGCCUCGAGACGGUGCGCUGGUGGGAUAGCAUCAAGUACCUCGACCAGGAGGAGAAGGUCAGGAGGUGGGUCGGCAUUGGGCCCGGCCGCGUCGGGAGAAACCUCGUCGGCAAAGAAGUCGGCAUGAAGGGCCACGACACGGUCAAGGGCGGCGGCGUGUGGGCCAUCACCGACCCCAGCGAUAUCGAGGAGGUGCUCCGAGGACUCGAGGAGACAGAGAGGGUGACGGACGAAGAGAUGCAUGCCUGA